AAUCAUUUUCCCUUGGUUGGCAACUCGGGCCAUACAACUCUCGUGCAUUUGACUCGGCCGGUUGUUUUUGUCGCUAAUUAUAAUAAAACUUGUUAUUUAAAUUAUAUACGUAGAGUGCUAAAGUAAAACGAAUUCGACAUUAAAAAGUUUUUUAUGUUUUCGGUUUUUGAAAACGGUGCUCAAAAUCUAGUAACUUUUAUCACCAGGAUUUAGUGACAAACCCUUAGGUUGGUACGAGUACCUUGUCUAUCGCCAUCGUCAUUCGUGGUAUUCGUAUUGUAUCUGAAAGAAAAGGUACCAAAUGACCUCAGUUCUUUGUGCCUUUAUGAGGCUGUUGUAGUGUUAAGUUCUUUAAAUUUUAAGUGCUUUAACGUAAAAUGUUCAUAUACGGACUGUAAAAUUAACUCCGGGAUUACGUUGUGUGAUAGGAAGUUUAAAGAUUUUGACACAUAAAAAUGUACUUAAAUCAAAAAUGUAAACAUUGUUGGUAGAAGAGGACCUUUAUUUCUAGUCUUUGAAAGAAUUGAACAUAUUCUUUUGGAAGUAAAAUGGAGCAUAUGGGAUUAAAAUUAUUAUUAUGCCUCUUCAGCCUACUCAUUCUGGCCCAUACAAAACACACAGGGAACUUUAUAGAUGACGAAAGUAAUAUUGUGUCGAUAGAUUCGCCGCCAGGACCAAAAAGUCAAAAAAUCUUAGAAGAGUUGAGAGAUAAUAACCAGAAACCUAGAUUUCUUAAUUGCGACCAAUACAACAAUGCCGAAGUCCAAGAAGAACAAAAUGCCGAUACGUUUGUUAUACAGGUGAACGCCACAGACAUAGACCCACCUGAAUCUGGAGGUUCUGUGACUUACAAAAUAAUAACCGGUAAAGGAAAACCUGAAUUUCGGAUUGACAACAGAACAGGAGAAAUAAGAACUGCAAGGAGUUUUGAGCGUGACGAACCUUCACCAGAAAAAGAAAAAUACGUAACUGUGCAAGCAACUGACAAUGGAAGGCCUCCUCUUUCAGAUAUUUGUACUUUUAAAGUCACUAUUACUGAUAUCAACGACAAUUCGCCCCAAAUGGAAAAACUGGAAUACAAACUUCGGAUAGCAGAAGACUUACCACCACAGGCGGAGGUCCAGAGAGUAUUUGCUUAUGAUUUAGAUGAUGGAGAUAAUUCGAAAUUGUCGUAUAAAUUUACUAAUACGGAUCCUGAGUUUUUAAGCUAUUUUCGUAUCGAUGAGAAGACUGGAGUAGUGUACCUUAAUCAAUCUUUGUUAGGUAGACGGGGUGUUAUGUAUUCCGCAACGGUGGUUGUAAGUGAUCAUGGUAUAGAGCCAAGAACGGCUGAUGCGCCAAUUACUAUACAAGUUGUAGAAUCUAAUCUUAAGCCCCCAAGUCUUGUAAAAGUGGAACCAAAAACCUUGGAACUCCCAGAAAAUUAUGAUGAAUAUUAUAAAAAUCUAGUUACCAUUGAGGUGGACUCCAAUUCUGAUGACAAGGAAAUUUUGUUUGAACUGAUUCAAGGAAAAACCGUUCAAACAAACUCCCAAAAUACCUUUAAGCUAGAACCUGAUACUAACAAUACUUCUGUUGCAUAUAUUCAGUUAGCAGGUCAAUUAAAUUAUGAAACCGAAACUGAAUAUAACUUAGGUAUUCGUGCUAAAAGUAGGGCUAAUAACAUGGAACUUUCAUUAAAUAUUCAUGUCACAGUUACUGAUGUAAACGACGAAAUCCCAACGUUUAUUGAAGUAAUUAGAGGGAGUGUGCUUGAAAACGAGCGAGAGGGCGUUAUCGCAAUGGAAAUUAAAGCUCAAGACAAAGAUGGUACAUCUGCUAAUAACAUAUAUAGCUUUGAUCUUGAAAACUUAAACGAUCUAUUUGAAAUAAAUAAUAGGUCUGGACAAGUAAGAUCAAAAAAGAUAUUUGAUAGAGAAGAAACAGCCGUAUAUCAUCUAAGGGUGCGGGUUUAUGAUAACUCGCCUAGUGCCUUAAAGAACUCUGAUGGAAAACCAAAUCAAAGUACUCAAAAAUUUGAAGUUAUUAUUGAAGACAGAAACGACAAUGCGCCAAAUUUCACUAAAUCCGUUUACAUGGCUGAACCCAUCGUUGAAAACGCUGAUGUAGGACGUAUGGUUGUAGAAAUUCGAGCAACUGAUAAAGACGAUGCGUCCGUUAUUACAUAUAGCAUUGAAGGUGGUAAUAUGAAUAAUGAUUUUAUUGUAGAAAACACAACAGGUAGAAUUAAAAUCAAUAACCGACUCGAUUAUGAAACCAGAGAUUCAUAUAACCUGACUGUGAAAGCAUUUGAUGGCAUCUACUCAGAUACUGCAAUUGUUCGUAUUUUUGUUGCUAAUUUUGAUGACGAGAAACCUGUAUUUUAUGAUACAUUUCCCCAAAGUGUUAAUGUUGAAGAGGAAUUCAUUCCAAGUGAGUGUCUUAUAGAAGUCCGAGCAUAUGACCCUGAUAUAAAAAAUAGAUCAGAACCUCAAAAUAUCACAUAUAACGUUGAGGGCGCAUCAAACGAAUUUCUUAGUGUCUCUGCAGAUGGUUGUGUCAAGCUUACUCAAAAAUUGGAUAGGGAUAUCAAGGGAGACCAAAGGCAAACUUUUAUUUUUGCAUACGAUAAAAGUGGUGAGUUCACUUUUGGAGAAUUUAAUAUAAUAUUGAAGGAUAUUAACGAUAAUGCGCCUUAUCUCAAUAUGUCAGAAGUUGUAUGGUAUGAAAAUAAAGAUCCUGCAGUCUAUAAUAUAAUUACAGAAUUAUUUGCCAAUGACAUUGAUGAUCAUUCAGUGGGAAAUGGUCCGCCAUUUGCUUAUCGGUUCGCAGAUUAUGCCUCAGGUGAAAUUAGAUCUAAAUUUUUAAUAUCCAAUGAAAGAGACUCCUGGUAUCUCUUGGCACAAGUCAUGUUUGAUAGAGAAGAGAAAAAGUAUUAUGACAUACCAAUUUUAGUAAGUGACAAUGGGACACCCACCAUGUCAGAUGUAAGCAUAUUGAGAGUUAUUAUAGGAGAUGUAAACGACAAUGCGGCAAAAGAUGGUUCUAGUGAAAUUUUUGUUUACAAAUAUGACAACUGGAGAAACAAUAUCGCCAUAGGAAGAGUCUUUGUUGAAGAUCUUGAUGAUUGGGAUUUACCUGAUAAAGAGUUUAUCAUGGUUAGUGAAAACCCCUAUUUCCAAGUAUCAGAAGAAGAUAAAGGAAUGAUAAUUAUGGACAGUUCGACACAAGAAGGCAACUAUUUCUUGAGUUUUAAUGUUACAGAAGAAAGUGCCAUUAUUCCUAGACACAGUGUUAGAGCAGAUGUAUCUGUUACUGUUAAAGCUAUACCUAAAGAAGCUGUUGAAAAAUCUGGUUCUGUCAGGAUUUUUGGAUGUAAUAUUGAGGAGUUUGUAGAGAAACAUAUGGACGGAAAUAUUAUUUUUAAAAGCAAAAAAGACAUCCUUCAAGAAAGACUUUCAGAGAUUCUGAAUACUUCGUUAUCAAACGUCGAUGUAUUCACAGUCCUUACCAGCCCUUCAAAUAAUUCAUUUAUUGAUGUUCGAUUUUCUGCACAUGGUUCCCCUUAUUAUGCACCUGAAAAAUUAAAUAAGAAAGUGGCUGAUAACCAAGAAGAGCUUGAAUCGAACCUUAACAUCAAAUUUGAAAUGAUAAGCAUUAAUGAAUGUCUCAAAGAAGAGGCAUGUGGAGAAGGAAAUUCAUGUUUGAACCACUUAUACAUAAAUGAUGAAGAGCCAGCGGUGGUAUACACAAACAAAACCUCAUUUGUUGGUGUCAAAUCUAUAGUACAAGCGAAAUGUGACUGCUAUAUUCCGCCCCCUCAAGAAUGUCUUAAUAAUGGUACUAUGUCUGAUAGAGGCACUUGCACAUGCCCUUUUGAUAAUAUGGGUCCAUACUGUGAAUAUCAAUCUGUUGCAUUUGAAGAGAACAGUUGGGCAAUGUAUCCUGGAUUGGAAGUUUGCAAUUUUACGGAAAUUAGAUUGACCGUCAGGCCCUAUUCGGAUAAGGGACUUAUUUUCUUUGCUGGUCCAAUGACGUUCUGGCAUGCUUCACUUUCUAAACAUUAUCUUGCAUUGGAACUUCGCGACGGAAACCCUGUUCUUAUAGUAGAAAACGGCGGUGAAUCACGUCCUAAAGAAAUAGCAUCGAAAUAUCACUUGUCCAACGAAUUAAUCAAAAUAAAUGACGGAGGAUCUCAUCAAAUCAGAAUCACGAUUAAAUACACAAAUGCGACAAAGCACGACCUUGAGUUUGAAGUUGAUGGAUGUCAGAGUAUAUGCACACAGCUAACUAGCCUAAGAGCACCAUUGCUGCGAAUCAAUGGCCCCUUGCAAAUGGGUGGUUUAAGUACGGAUUUUACCACUGAAGAAAUUAAAACUCUUUGGAAUGGCGUAGGUCCAACCGAUUAUAAUCUAGGAGGAUGUGUUGAAGUGUUUACUUUAAACGGAAGAACUUACAAUCUGGGACAGCCUUCUGAUUCUAAGGAUGUAUCUCCUAAUUGUUCAAAUGCUGUGAAACAAGCAACUACCCUCGGAAUCGAUUCCAAUUUCUUAGUUGCUAUUUUGGUUUGCAUAGCAGUUUUGUUCUUCUUACUAUUGGCGGUGGUAGUCCAUCGAAGACAACAUGACAGUCUAAACGAAAAAGACAUUGACGAUCCGACAGAAACCAUAAUAAAUUACGAGGAUGAAGGAGGUGGCGAAUGUGAUGCCCCUUUUAAUUUAUCAGUGUUCCCUAUGGGCCCUACCAAAGAAGCCCUACAAAGGAGAGAAAACCCUGAUUUAAAUUCAGGAGAGCCUGACAUCAGCGUUUUCUUAGACAAUAAGAAAGAUACUUGCGACAAGGACCCUGACAAUCUACCAUUUGACGACGUCCGAUACUAUGCUUAUGAAGGUGAUGGCAAUAGCACAGGAUCCCUUUCCUCCCUCGGAUCUUGCACUGAUGAUGGCGAUUUAGACUUUAAUUAUCUGUCAAGUUUCGGAAAAAGAUUCAGCAAACUGGCUGACAUGUAUGACUGUGAUGGUAGCGAUGACGACACACAAAAUGGUGGCGACGAGGCUUGGUGCUAGGUUUGACAAACCCUAAAAUGUUUGUACUUAAAUUAUUAUGCCUAACCAAAGAUUGUUUGGGUGGAUCUAACGCUACGGUUAUCUUUUGUAUAUACAAACUUACUAAUUUGAUGACUGAAGCACUGAGAGCAUUGCAGAUCGGUCAAGUAUUUGAAUUUAUCUGUGCCAAAUUUUCAGUUGACUUUGAGCCAUAAAAACUGUGCAAUUCUCUUAGAGCUAUUUUUAUAAUCGAACAGAAAAUAUGAAGUAACGCCCGUCGAUAUUACAAAUAUCGACACAGUAGAGGCGUCCGUAUUUGAUUAUGAAAAUGGAUGUUAAGAAUGUUAUCAGAUAAAACAUACUGAAUUAAUUGCAUUUUAUUACCAUACAAUUUUUUUGGUAACUUCUAAAAAAGCGGAUAGAAUGUGAGAGACUGCAUUUAACUAAUUUAAUUUAUUGCAAGUAUUUGGAUCCCAUGAGUUGUAGGUUUAUCAAAUUUUUUAACCUAAUUUGACUUAAGCAAUUUACUAAUGUUGAGAUACGAUGUUCCAUUAGUACCAAUACAUUUACGGAAACUAUUGUGAUUAUCGGUUUAACACACCUAAUUUGUGGAAAUAUUGAAAACCUUUAUAUUUUUGGAGAAAUAAUGGUAAUUAUAUUCUUUUUUUAGAUGAAAUGUUGGUCAUUUAUAGAUUUUUUAUAAAACAUAAUGAAUAUGUAAAGGUUUUGGUGCUCUUUAAAUUAAGAAAUUGAUUUUUCGUUUCUUAACCCUAAACGGCCUGUCAUAAACAGCAAUGUUCUCUGAAAAGAAACUAUUUAUUGACUAUAGUUCUUUGCAUAGAUGUUAAAUUGUACAAUUUAACAUAUCAUAUAUAACAUACCCUAAUCAUAUAUAAAUACUUUUAUAAAUUAUUACGAGUUAGAAUCAAAAACCUGUGAAAAGAAUAAGAAAAUAUUUGACUGGUAAUGUUACUUAAAUGUUUAUAAAGCACUAAAAUUGGUACUUUUGGAGCAACAUGUCUAUUUUAUAAAUUAUUCGGUGCUAUAAGUAUAUAGUUGUUUGAUAAGAUAUCACGAAGGGCCUUAAAAAAUAAUCAAAUAAUAUUAAAAGAAAUAUAUUUAUACUUUAUACAUUUUAUGACUGAAGCUAAAUUUGCUACUAUUGCUAGUGUAGUUUGUAAAUUCUCGUCCAAUUAAAAUCCUGUGAUUAGACAUUGAAGUAUAUUUUCAUUAAAAAAAAAGAGUCAAAUCAAAUGAAAAACUUACACUAGUGGCUGUGACAACACCAGUAAAUAAUCAUGUAACAGAUAAUUUUUUUUACGAACAAAUUAUUCUUAUGAAUUAAAGCUAGAGAAAUUUUGUAUUUAGCUUUAUAGAGCCAUUUUGCAGUGUAUUUAUAUAGUUUUUUAUAUUUAGGGUAAAUAUUUUUUAGGUUUGUAGAAUGAAGUUUUGUUUUGUAUUUACGAUAUAAAAAAUGUCACGUUAGGAAAAAUGUGAUUUUUAGCAUUUUGUAAAUGGAUGGUUCUUUUAGUACCAUAGUAACUGUUACUUAAAAGAACGCCCAUCCACUGCAAAUAUAUAUUAGGUAGGUGUAAGUAAAUAAAGUUGUUUUCAACAGCUUUGCAAAAAAACUAGACCUAGAGGAUAAUACAUAGGGUGUUUGGUAAGAACAUGGCUAAUUUUGGAAAAAAUGUAGGAGCACAUUACAAGUUAGACUUUAUCUGUCAUUAUACUAAGGCACAUUCAUCCAUUUUCCGAAAUUUUGUAAAUUUAACGCUAUAAUGUGCAAGUAAUACUUAAUUUUGUAAAUUCAUUUUAGUUGGAUAUUUUAUUGUGCACAAAGUUUUCCUAUUUAUGAGUUAACUUAUGACAUUCAGUUAAUUGACUAUGAAUCUCCUAAAAUAUCUGUGUUAUUUAAAUAAACUUGGCAGCUAAUGCGGCAAUUAGAUUUUUUUUUCUUCUACGACACUACUUUUUUUAUUUUAAUGAUAAUAACGUAAUAAUAUUGUUUUAUUUGCAUCACCACUCUGGACAAGGACCGCAACUUAAUUACUUCCAUAAGAAGCAAUUUCAGCCAGGGUAUUCCUACACUUUUCUCAAAUCCUUCUUACCGAACACUAUUAAGAUAAUAAUAUUUUUAAUUUAAGCUCAAAGAUAUAGUUUUGUAAAAUUUUAGCAUAUUUAAAUAAAUCAAUCCAACGAGAAAUGUUAAAUGGAAAAGUCCUCGCAUUGCGGUUAAUUAAGAAAUAAUGCGACAAAAUAACUAAAUAUUCUUAAGUUUAGCGUACGGAUUUGUAAAUGUUCGGUUUCUAUAGUUUAUUUACAUUCCUUGGCUUCUAUGUAAGUGUGUUGUGAUUGAAUCUUGGCAGCCAUAGACUCUCUUUUAGGUUACUACUGACAGCAUUCCUCUACUUUAUUCCAAUAGCAUUUAAAAAGUAUUAUUAUUUAAGGCAAAAUCCUUACUAUAUAUACCUGUCAUUUUUUAUUUUAUUAUUGUAUGCUCUUUCAUCUUUAGGUUUAAAACACUGCCAUUCGUAGUUUGUGUAUUUUUUCAAUAAACAUGUUAUACAGAAAA